CAAGUCAAGGGCCUCUCUAACAAAUGAAAAUCGACACCGAGAUAACUGAAGAUUCCUCUCAAUGUUUUUCUGAUAAACCAACGUUAGGUAUAGAUCCAUAUAGAAGCAUUAAUAAUAAUAAAUGGGAAAAAUAAUUCUAGUUUGCUUUUGACACUCAAUCAGUAUGAUUCUGUCGUUGUCAUUCGCAUUUUUUGCUACCACACUUUUUGUUAGUGCCAAUGUCAUUCCUAAAAAUAGUGAAGAAUGUAGAACCUUGUUAGGGGAUCACUUAAUUGAAGAAAUAGCUGGAUACUCUAAAAUAAGAGACGUAAUAUUAAAUUAUGUUUUAGAAGGCGAUUUUACAAGUAAAACCUAUGAUGAAUUAGCCAAGUUUGUGGACAAGUUUGGAGCUCGACCAUCUGGUACCGAUACAUUGGAGCAAUCUAUAGAUUACAUGAUUCAAUUAACUCACGAUGAAGGUUUUGAAGAUAUCACGACUGAAGAAUUAGAGGUACCACAUUGGACUAGGGGUCAAGAAGAAGUGACUAUGUUGGAACCAAGGAUUAAAAAUAUGGCAGUUUUAGGUCUAGGUAGAAGUAUUAGCACCGCAACCGAAGGAAUAACGGCUCAAGUGGUAGUUGUGAAAAAUUUUGAUCAGUUAGAUACUUUCUCCGACAAAGACAUUGAAGGAAAAAUAGUAUUAUAUGAUCCAAUUUUCACAUCAUACGGUGAAACAGUUCAGUACAGAUCCCUUGGUGCUACUAGGGCAGCCGCUAAAGGUGCACUGGCAUCUUUGGUAAGAUCAAUCACUCCCUUUUCAAUAAAUUCACCUCAUACUGGGAGUCAGAAUUAUGGUGAAAAUGUUACGAAAAUUCCAACAGCAGCUAUCACCCUCGAAGAUGCUGAUUUAAUACGAAGGUUAUAUGAUAAAGGAGAAAAAGUAGUAUUGAACAUUAAAAUGUUUUCCACAUAUGAUACUCAAAUAUCUAGGAAUACAUUAAUCGACUAUAAAGGUACAGAAAAUCCAGAAAAACUAGUAAUAGUUUCAGGUCACAUUGAUAGCUGGGACGUCGGACAGGGCGCUAUGGAUGAUGGUGGUGGUUUAUUCAUUAGUUGGGCAGUCCCUGUAAUUCUCAAGCGAUUGAAUUUAAAACCAAAGAGAACUAUUCGCUCUAUAUUUUGGACUGCUGAAGAAUUAGGUCUCGUUGGGGCAUAUGCAUAUGAAGAAAAACACAGGAAUGAAAGUCAUAAUAUAAAUUUUAUUAUGGAAUCUGACGAAGGGACAUUUGCCCCUCUUGGUCUUGCAGUUGCCGGUAACAAAGAAGCUAGAUGUAUCGUAGCGGAAAUAUUGAAAUUAUUUACAUCUAUUAACGCUUCCACUUUAGUCGAAGACGAUAGUCCUGGAUCCGACAUAUCUGUCAUAAUUAAAACUGGUGUACCGGGUGCAAGCCUUCAUAAUGACAAUGGUAAAUAUUUCUGGUUCCACCAUACUGAAGGAGAUAUGAUGAAUGUUGAAGAUGAGCAUGAACUAGACUUAGGAGCUGCUUUCUGGACUGCUGUUGCUUAUAUCAUCGCCGAUAUUUCAACAGACAUACCACGAUAAUCAUUAUUUCAUGCAUCAUCAUUGUUACUUGGCAGCGACGGCCGUGUUGCUCUAUGUGGUUACAAAAUAAAUUGACAAUUCACGGUCUUGUCCCUUCUUUUAUUGUUUUACCUUGUCUUUUAUACAAUAAAUUAGUCACAAAUAUUGUUUCUCAUUGUGUGUGUGACGUGAAUAUUAUUAUUUAAUACCUACAUUAUACUCAUGGCAAAGAUAACAUAUUAAUAAUAAUUUAUUAUAUAUUAACCAGUCAAUC